AUGGCCACCGCUGCUCCACGCAUUGGAGACACCAAAGUCCCCAUGUCGCUAUUUGAAAAAGGCGCGUUCAUCAACUACCAGCGUAUUGAGGAUAACCUGGCCGUCAUCCGCAAGAGGCUCGACCGUCCUCUGACACUGUCUGAGAAGAUUGUGUACGGUCAUCUUGAUGACCCUCAUGGGCAGGACAUUGAACGGGGGGUGAGCUACCUGAAGCUUAGACCAGACCGAGUUGCUUGCCAGGAUGCGACCGCGCAGAUGGCCCUUCUCCAAUUUAUGUCAGCGGGUAUGGAUACCGCUGCUGUUCCGACCACCGUCCACUGCGACCACUUGAUCCAAGCCCAAGUUGGCGGGGAAAAGGAUCUAGCUCGCGCAAUCUCAAUUAACAAGGAGGUUUACGACUUUUUGGCGACUGCUACUGCUAAAUACGGUCUUGGUUUCUGGAAACCGGGCUCUGGCAUCAUCCAUCAAAUUAUCCUCGAAAACUACGCGUUCCCUGGUGGUCUUAUGAUCGGCACUGACUCGCACACUCCCAACGCUGGAGGUCUGGGGAUGGUUGCUUGUGGUGUUGGUGGUGCGGACGCUGUUGACGUCAUGGCCGACCUUCCUUGGGAACUCAAAUGCCCAAAAGUAAUCGGAGUCAACUUGACCGGCAAAAUCAGCGGAUGGACAACCCCAAAAGACGUUAUUCUCAAGGUCGCAGGCAUUCUCACUGUCAAGGGCGGAACUGGCGCUAUCGUGGAAUAUAAAGGCUCUGGUAUUGAGUCUCUCUCUUGCACGGGUAUGGCUACAAUCUGCAACAUGGGCGCUGAAAUUGGUGCAACUACCUCCGUGUUCCCAUUCAAUCAUCGCAUGGUCGACUAUCUUAAGGCUACCAAGCGCGAGGACAUUGCCAAAUAUGCUAAACGGUUUGCUCACAAUUUGAAGGCUGACGAGGGUGCGGAAUACGACCAAAUUGUCAAUAUCAACCUUUCAGAACUUGAGCCCCAUAUUAACGGACCCUUCACCCCGGAUCUCGCCACUCCCAUCUCCAAAUUCGCGGAAGUGGCCAAGAAAAACAACUGGCCAGAAGAGAUCAGGGUUGGGCUCAUUGGUUCCUGCACCAACUCGUCGUAUGAGGAUAUGUCUCGCUCUGCGUCCAUCGUCAAACAGGCUGCUGAGCACGGUAUCGAUCUCAAGAGCAAAUUCACAAUUACCCCUGGCUCGGAGCAGGUGCGCGCUACUAUUGCACGAGAUGGUCAAAUCGAAGCUUUCGAGAGUGUCGGUGGAGUUGUCCUCGCUAACGCUUGCGGCCCUUGCAUUGGUCAAUGGGAUAGGAAAGACGUCAAGAUGGGCGAACCUAACACCAUCAUUACUUCUUAUAACCGUAACUUCACUGGACGUAACGACGCUAACCCAGCCACCCACGCCUUCGUCACAUCUCCCGAUAUCGUGACUGCUAUGUCCUUUGCCGGUCGGCUCUCCUUCAACCCGCUCACUGACUCCCUCGUUGGCUCUGACGGCAAACCCUUCCGAUUCUCUGACCCUACCGGCAAUGAGCUGCCUCCCCGUGGCUACGAUCCUGGAGAAGAGACUUUCCAGCCUCCCCCUGGAGACCGCGCUGCUGUCAACGUCGCUGUUGAUCCCAAGAGCGACCGUCUCCAACUGCUCCAGCCUUUCGAGGCUUGGGAUGGAAAGACGCCUACUGAUCUUCCUAUCCUGAUUAAGGUCAAGGGCAAGUGCACAACUGAUCACAUUAGUGCUGGUGGACCCUGGUUGAAGUACCGUGGUCAUCUCCAGAACAUCUCACAAAACUGCCUCAUUGGCGCUAUCAACGCCGAGAACAACGAGGCUAACAAGGUCAAAAACCAAAUCACAGGCGAAUACGAAGGCGUCCCCCAAACAGCCGCAUACUACCGCGACAAAGGCAUAAAAUGGGUCGUCAUCGGCGACUCCAACUACGGCGAAGGCUCGUCCCGCGAACACGCUGCCCUCGAACCGCGCUACCUCGGUGGCCUCGCCAUCAUCGUCUGCUCGUUUGCGCGUAUUCAUGAGACGAACUUGAAGAAGCAGGGUAUGCUUGCGCUUACGUUCGCAGACCCCGCGGACUAUGAUAAGAUCCGACCUUCGGAUAGGGUGGAUAUCCUGGGGUUGGAGAGCUUUGCGCCGGGCAAGAAUUUGACGCUUGUUGCUAAGCAUGAGGAUGGGACCAAGGAGGAAUUUUCUUUGGCCCAUUCGUUCAAUGAGGGCCAGAUUGAAUGGUUCAAGGCUGGGUCUGCGCUCAACUUGAUGGCUGCGAAGUCCAAGGAAAGACUAUGAAGGAACUCUGUCCCUUACAUAAAGAAGUGAUCAAGCUUGAACGUUUAUUAAAGGCGUUGCUUGACCACAAGCCCUCACGGGAUCAAUUCUCGAAGUAUUCAUUGCCCUCUUUGGCAUUUGAUCUUGAGGCCUCUAUUUUUUUUCAUGCUCUGUAAUGUGUAUUUCUA